AAGCCGAAGCCCUUGUUCUGCCCGCGAGCAGAACGUAUGCAUUGCGAUGGAAAUGGGGGCAUCGGCAGCAGCAGAUGUAGAACAAAAAGAAGAAGACGAUACUGUUUGCUUAGACGAAUCUUUCUUCAUCAAUGAUGAUUAUCAGCUCACUACGUUCACAUUUGGGUCUCAAGUUCUUCAGCUCCUCUGUCUCCAAUCAGCCUCAACUGAUUUUGACUUGACGGGGCAGUUGGUGUGGCCUGGUGCAAUGCUUCUGAAUAAUUACCUUUCUGCGAAUCCGGAGUUGCUCCGGGGACGUUCUGUCAUAGAAUUAGGCUCUGGUGUUGGUAUUACUGGAAUCCUCUCCAGAAGAUUUUGCAAUGAAGCUGUGUUAACCGACCAUAAUGAGGAAGUCCUCAAGAUCCUGAGGAAAAACAUAGAGCUCCACUCAUCUUCCGAGAAUUCUAAUGGUUCUGCUGGGCUAAUAGCUGAGAAGUUAGAAUGGGGAAAUUCUGAUCACCUAAAUCAAAUUUUAGAAAGUCAUUCCAAAGGAUUUGAUCUAGUUCUUGGAGCUGAUAUUUGCUUUCAACAGUCUAGUAUCCCAUUGCUUUUUGAUACCGUGCAACAGCUGCUCCGCAUUCGUGAGGGAGGCCAUUGCAAAUUCUUGCUGGCGUAUGUGUCCCGAGCCAAAGUAAUCAGUCACAGGAUACCCAACUGCAGCUUCUGCUUCCUCCCCGAUGGUCUAAACCGGCACUCGCUCUUGGAGGACUUAUUGUCAUUUUUGCUUACUUCCGUUGUGCAUGGAUACAAUGGUUGUCAGUGAAGCUAUUAGGCAUGGACUGCAGAUAAUAGAAGUUGUCGGGAGCCGGGCAGUGGUAGGAAAUCUUCAAGGAGUAAUAUUUGAGAUCACCCUUCAAUAGAAGCAGCUCGAAUCUCGUCAUCUACGUAGUAGAAUGAGCUUUGGCAGUUGCAUAUCAAAUGAUGAAAAUUCGCACAACCAAGGACAGAAGAACCACCAAGACGACACCAUUGACAAAGAUUUUCUCGAGUCAAGUGUUUUGUAAGAUAGAUCCUAAUUAUCCUCAUGAGGUUUUGGAAUGAGAUCUACUUGGGCUUUUGAUCAUUGAAUUGUUCGUGUUUAAGUAGUCAACACAGGAGGAUUUUCUCUUCUUCAAGGGAUUACAAGAGUUGAAUGAUUAUCUUUGCAUUAGCUUUUUUUUAUUUUCUUAACUCGUCAACAUUAUGUUCUUAAUUAUGUGGAGUUGCUGAAUAGAGGGAAGAGAAUGAAAAGGAAGUAAUUUCUCUUA